GAAGGUGGUGAUCUGAUGGACGAUAUUUCUUCCGUAGGAGAAGAGGAAUGUGAUACGCCGUCUUUCGGUGGCUCACCCGAUGCUAAACGGCGUGCAUCAGGCAGAGGCUCCCGUGCUGGUGCAAAUGGUGCACAACAACAUGCUGGCAAUAGUACUUUCUUAAGGCUUGUGCUUGUGGUUCUUCAGAAAAUCCAACUUUGCCAGUAUCAAUCUGAUGUUGUCCGUUUCUCAUCGGGGGAAAACGGGUACGAAGAUCGAUUUCUUUUAGCGCUACAAUUACUUCAAGAACUACAGGUUAUUUUAGUACUGUUGUACUUCUAUUCAUUCUUUUAGCGCUAACUCUAGGCGCUACUCGAGGACUCGCAGGGAGAGCAACCUCUGGCGCCUUCGAUCCUUCUCGAGCAAGCAGUAUCCACGGAAAUAGUAGAAUAUCCCAGUUUUCUUCUUCGUGGGAGAGUUUUUCAAGACACAACUCAAUGGCGGAGCGUGACAGUCGCAUGAUGCGGAGUCCAAGAAGGGAAUCAGUCUACAGUGACGAUAUGGAGGCUGCCGGGGGAAUGAUUAUGGCAAUUGAAUUGUUGUAGACAUGACAAGCUUUUUGUUGAGACGAGGUUAUAAUUUUUUAUGCAGCUUCUAGAGCGAUGUAUGAGUAGUGGUUCCACUCAGAUGAAAAGUAGUAAAAACAGUAAAAAUUUAUUUGAAGGGAACACCUAAAGCUAAUCCUAAAGCCUGCUUCUAUUUCCUCACCGCCUGAACCUGAUCUCUAACUCGAGAGGCCGGUUCGGUAUGAGACCUGCCGCUGAACAGUUGUCAGCCGAAUUGCGAGCAGGCGGUCCGGGGACGGCUAUGUCCAUCGAGGAAGACGAUGAACUGUCGAAACAAAUCGUGAUCAAGGUCCCAGCUGGCCUGAAGGACGCAUUGGCUCGACGACCGCUCAACAUAAUACCGCCAGAAGAACGGGCACGGAUGGGCUUGAACAACAGCAAUAUUUCUGGCGUCCUAGAAAAUGGAGGUGGAAAUCCAGAACAAGUUAGUGCUCUAGAAGACCACGACAGGGCCCGAUCUUUAUCCGGCGAUCGACUUGGCGCCGGACGCUCUAGUGCUAGUUUCUACAUACCAGAAGGGACGACAGCGAGUGAACAUAGCCCCCAGAAGACGCCGAAUAAUGAGCAGGUCGGAGGGAGCAGUGCUAGUCGUGGCACACCUCGUUUUCCUCUGUGGGCCAUGUCGUUUGAAGAAUUCAAACAAAACUUGAACCUUGGAGACGUUCUACAGAAAACGACAGAUUGCAUAUUGAAGUACAAGCUUCCUCUAGAUGGAGACCCUGACGUCGACAAGAAGAAGAGAGCGGCUGGUAUUGGAAUAUCUGUUUUUAUUAGAUUGUUGUAGCUUCACCUCGUAGAAGAUAGACGCCUUUUUUGUGUUGUAGGUUUGGUGGUUUGGUACCACAGACGUAUACGGACUCAUCUUGAGUCCUUCCAUGUUCGUUUCUCCCGAAGAAGAAUAUAAGAAGUCGGUGGUCCCUGUUCAUCUAUUCUAAUUAUAAUUGGCACUUGUACGAUGGUAAUGAUCUAAGACACGCAUCUUCUUCCUGUUCCUCUUCCAGGUCUCCUGCCGCUUUAUCCGCCUGUGAGUAUCGUUGCAGAUUUGAAUGAGUGGCAACAGUCUAGUGCGUCUUUCCCCGCUGUCCAGAUCCUAUUGGGCACGAACGUGACAGAAGAAGACAAGCAAACGUUGCGGCGACUAGCGUUGUCUGCGAUAGAGCAGAGCGCCGCGGAGAAAGCUGCAGAGCACUACAAAGGAGCGAUUGCGCCUUUGUAUUAUGGCAACUUCUGAUGAAAUAUUGAAGUCAAUGAAUUGGUAGUGUUAUUUAGCAUUUUCAGCAUUGAGUGAAGAUUCAACAACUACAAGUACAUAGCAAGAUAAUCAAUAUCUUUAAUUGUCGUUACUCGUCGACCAUUUCAGCGAUGGCAAUGCGAUGAUGCCAAUCUCGAGAUGCCCUUCUGAUCUAAUCUUCUGCCACUGAGAAGCAGCGCGUCCAGACGGAAUCGACAGCUCUAGAGCGCGAAAGAGAGACUUUAGAAGCUAAAGUGAAGUUCCUAGAGAAGCAACGUCGCGAGCAAGCUGCCGAAGAGCAAAAGCUAGAGGCGGAGCGUGCACGCGAAGAGCGACGACGAGAGGAAAUCCGCAGUGUGGCCGCUUAUGCAGCCCAACUUCGUGAGCAAAUCGCUCAAGCGGAGAUGGUCGUUGAUCAAAAGCGAGCAGCGGUGGCGCACAACACUAGUGUCAUUCAGCAAAAUAAUCAAGGUCAAGUUGGAAAUGGUGGUGGUGUGGAUCUAAAUAACAGCAGCAUGGAACUCGAGAUGUGGCAGAGAGAACUUGGUCGGGUCGUAGGCGGCGCGAAUAUCUCUUCUCAGCAAAAUACAACAGCGGCGCCGCAAGUCACCGAUGAAGACAUCGAAUUGGCGCUGAAGUCUGUAGCGGAGUUGCGGACAGAGGUAGACGCCUUGAAGAUCGAGAAUGAGAAGAAACGACUUGCACAGAUUAAGGCUCAACUUUCAAUGGUCAUCAUUUAGAUUGGAGUCACUGAGAUCGAAGAGGCGACCCCUUGAGAGAACAGGGGAAAACGAAGGGAAAGAGGAGAGCUUUGAAGGGGGUCUCUUCCGUUCAGAGUCAGUGGCCAAUGAAUGCCGAGCUUUAAACAGAGACUAUCGUUGUGGCGCUCGCGAGAAGGUAAGCCGGAUCGCCUGUAUUUGCAUCCGGUCGGCCACGAACUGAGGUUUACCUUAAGGCUUGUCUUCAUUCAUCAUGAGAAGUGCCUUUCUUGAGUUUUCUUUUUUCUAGUUAGGGUGGGCUUCACCACUAUGUAUCAUGAAGGGGCAAACUACUGACUCAUCAGAGUCAGAGAUGACACGACUGCUUUCUUUGAGAUGAAUUUGGGCAAGCUUUAAUUAUCGCAAACAACAGUGUGGUAGACCAGAGCCAUUCAUCAGCGCCAAGAUGGACGUUUACGCCACACGCUGGACCCGAAGUGCCAUUGAGAAUCGCACAGAAGCUGGCGCCGGAAAUGUAUCUUAUGGUGGACGAGAGCUUAUUUCCAUUACAAAGGUAUUCAGCUUCAGAGUUCUUGUUGAUUGUUUCGUCGUGAAGGAAGAAGCAUAGAGAUGCAGGUUACUGAUAGAAGAUGCUCUGAGUUGUUUUGACCAGGUAUGCGCGUUUCCACUUCUAAUCCCCAGGCUGUCUGGACGCAGGCUCGCGGUGCUCCCAAUGCAAACUCUGCUUCGUGGCAGAUGCUCUUAGGCUACAAAUUGCGCCAAGUCGAUCGUUUUCUGCAUGCUUUGAAUGGCAUUCCGCGUUGUAGCUUGGAGGACACACCGCAUUUCCUCAUUUUCCACGUGAUGGUCUGUCCCUCAAUUGAUGUCACCAGCACAGGCUUCUCCGAGAACUAUACGAUUCCACCUGGGACAAAGCGCAGUUUCUGGAUCUUCGAUUUUUAUGGUCGGCUUUUAUUCAUCUCAUUCAGCAUCUUGACACCUAUUUCCUCUGUAUUCCCACAAAAUGCAACGGUAAAGGGGUCGAGAUGAAGGGACCGGGAUGAAUUCUAGCACGCUCUAAGGUUUACUUUUGUCUCGAUCCGAGUUAUUGAAGUAUGCUGGUCAUUUGCACGACAUCGACUGGAUCGCGAAAUUGAUGGUUCGAUGUCGGCAGCCGCACAUCAAAUCCCUGUUAUUAAGGCUUGGGAGUUGACAUCUCUAUGCGCGUCUCUAUAUCUUCUCCAAGUAGAAAAGCAACAGAUAUGCGAGCUAGAGAUGCCAACUUUCAACCCCUAAGGUUAGAAGGGGCCAUUAAAGACGUGGUAGCGGACGAAUCGGCUUUCGCCAGGCGUAUGGCGCCAGGAGCUCUGCGCAUGUUCAUUCGAGACCUGACCAAAGAGAUUCACAAGAAAAUUUUGUCAGACCUCGAAAUAGCAAACUCCCCAGAAUGGCAUGCUGCUGCGGCAUCGUUGAUGACAGGACCACACCAAGCCAUAGCAGCAGCUUCAUCUGCACAGCAGCAACAACAGCAGGGACAAGGGUUUGGUCAUGGCUCUUCAUCCGCAUCUGCAUCGGAUGGAAAUUUCAUGCAGCUAACAAACUUUCCAGGCCAAGGGGGUCAACAACUGGCUUCUUCUUCUCAUUCGCAGCAACAGCAAUAUGGUGCAGCUGGUAGUGCUGCAGGUGCGGGUGGGAACAUGACGAGGGGUCAUCCAUAUGGAAGGAUGGGAGGAAACAUCAUGCCUAGUCCGGAAAGGUCAGUGCUGGAGUCGGUCCUUCCUACGUUUGUGAAGUAGGAAUAAAGGAUGUUAUCUAUCACCUGUGGUUUUUUAAUCCGUAAAUCAAGCUGCUCGCCAGGGGUCAAAGUCAUCUACGUAAAAAAUGUUUCAGGUUGUUUGAAAGUACCACGUAUAAGUAUAUUUAUCAGACGGGAGGUAAUAUGGACGAGUAUAUAUCCUCCUCAUAGUAAACAAGGAUAGACGCCACAGCCUAAACCUAAUUCGAUUUCAAACACUUGUAUUCACGCACAAAAAUGAACGAUUCAUUGGUUACAAAACCAAGGGGAUUUCAAUUGUUAAGAUCCAUUGCACAAAAAUGAAAGUCCUAGGACUGGUUUUCAAUUGUUAAGAUUCAUUCAUUGCACAAACACACGCGCACUGUGAGAGUAUUCUCUCUCUUUCUUGGAUUCUCAAAUAACGAGCCAGAAAACACAUCAAGAAAGGUAGAAGAAAUAGGUUUUUCAACACCACUG